GUGGUCCGCGGUCUGCCCGACUGGAUGACCGAAGCGCAGCUUAAAGCCGACUUCGCCACCUGUGGUCAGUUGAAGCGAGCCUCCAUGCCCAUGAACAAGGAGGGCAAGGGCAAAGGCUUUGCAUAUGUGCAGUACAAGAACGACGAAUCGAUGAAGAAGGCCUUGGAGUGGAACAGCACAUGGUACAAAGGGGUCACCAUCACGGUGGAGAAGCUGGGUGAGGAGAGCAAAGGCAAAGGCCGAGGCCGACGAGGACGCGAGAAGAAGGAGAAGCUACCAGACGGGCCCACGAUUCAUGUUGGAAGCCUGUCCUACGAGGUUGAUGACGAGAUGUUGAAGCAAGCUUUCGCUGCCUGUGGAGAGGUUGUGGCAAGCAGAGUCUUGAUCAGUGGCAAAGGCAAGACCAAAGGAAAGUCUCGUGGGACUGGUUUGGUUGUGUUUGCAACAGAAGAAGCCCAGAAAAAGGCUGUGGCAACCAUGAACGAGGUGGAACUGGCUGGGCGACAGAUCACCGUACGCGAGUACACACAGGAGGAAGAGGUCAAGCUUGACUUCAGCGCGCUCGAGGGUGAAGGUGACAAGACCAUGCUGGAGGAAGAAGAAGAGGAUGACUGGGAGAACUUCGAUUGGGACGCUGACAACGACGAUGGCUCCGAUGAUGAGGAUGAAGAUGACGACGAAUGGGAAGAAAGAGAAGAUGAGGACGAGGACGAGGCACACGUAGGAAGCAGUGAGUCAGUGUGA